AAGAUAUACCUCGAUCAAAGAUGACAUCUUGCGAAUAUUAGUUGCAAAAUCUUUUUGGUUGUACUAUGAUUUGGUAACCAUAGCAACAGGAUUAGUAAUCAUAAAUUCAAAACAAACAGUGCUGUUUUGGCACAUAGUAGGUAAUCAGUGCCUCAAUAUUGUUUCCUUUUUUCAUCAUGAAUGAAAAUAUAGAGUUGAACACUUUACCUACUGAUAAUUCCAUAGAAAACGAUAUCCAGGAGUAUCAUGAAAUAAAACAAGACACAACACUUGAUGAUAUCGAGACUUCCUUCUCCUCAAAGCAAUCUUUAAGACCCAUUAAUGAAAAUGACUUUUUUACAAACUUCGACGUAAAAACUGAGCCUAAAAAGCAUUUGAGAAAGAAAAAGGGUAAGAAGAAGGAAAAAUCUUCAAAUUUAAUGGACAUUAUAAGUUCAGAGAUCGCUGCUAGUGUAGCUCCUGUUACAGAAAAUAUAGUAACUUUUAUGGCUGGCACAAAAGCACAACAUAAUAAUUAUUUGCGAAACAUACCAGUGUCAAGAAUACGCAACCAAUACAGGCAAUUUAACGAUGCUGAGAAUGGAUGGAGAUAUAAGCCUAUUGACAUAAGUCCCAUAUUCCCUCGAAUUCUUGAAAACGCUGUUACGGAAGACUGUUUUAUUCCCGUCGAAUACGUCGAUCCCUGUACGAUUGAUGACAUCGUUUCGAAAAACAGCGAUCCUGAUGCAGAUGUGCCUACAAAGUUCUUAGAUAUUUCAAUUAAUAAUAUUACUUUUAAGCAUCACCACCUUUUCUCAUUAGAAAGGUUACUUUGCAUAAAAGUAAUUGAAAAUUACAACGAAUACGAAAAUACUCUUAGACUCAUUAAAGACAUAGAAAAAGAUAUCAAAGUUAAUAGAGAAACCAUCAAUAAUCUUAAGAAAGAUUUAAUUAAAGUUAGUCCUAGUAAGAAGGACGAUAUAAGAUUUGAUAAAACCGUGAGAAAAUACACUUUAAAAUUACUUCAACUGAAAGAAAAGUUUGAAGAUUUAAUGAAGAUAAAAAAGGAAUCUUCCCAUAAGAUAAAAUCACUUUGGUCGGAUGUCGAAACGGUCAGGGAGAAAAAAGGAUUUAUUGAAACGCCAUUCACUUUAAAAACUACCAAAACUGUUUUAGAUGAAACUGAAACCCAGAAAAAAUGGAAUGAAAUAUUCAAUACGGAAUACACAGAUAAACUGGAUAAAAUAGAAUAUGAUUACGUUACAGAUUACUUACAAUACAAAGAAGCAAAGAGCGGACAAAAAUCAAAUACCAAUAAAAAGCUUUUAAAACCUAAACUGCACAUUGACGAAAAAGAAAUAAAAAAUGAAGUCGUCGCUUUAGUAAACAAUGUUAUAGCAAAGGAUCAGAUAGACAUAUAUUUGAAGAAGGAUGAAAGCAUUUUGACUGACAAGAAAGGAGGGGCACGUUUUCGAAAGCAUGAUUACAAUUUUUUGAUUUAUGUAGAUGACGUUUUUGUUUGUGAAUCUGAGCAUUAUUCAAGCAAUGAGAUGUUCAGUGUUGAAUUUACUGAAAAUUUUUCAGUACAAAUUUUACCCAACAACAAGAGUAUAAAAAUUGUUUUACUAGAAAAUGAUAAAAGUGUAUCUAAUUUAAUAAUUAAAUUAUCUGAAGUAAAGAAACCAGAUGCUAGUGCUGAAUUCGUAGCUAAAAAUCUAGUUUACGAUGAAAUUAUUGAACCGAAUGCUAAGUAUGUUGGCAGUGGUUUCACCAUCAAAGAAAUAGCCCAGUUAAAUAAAGUAAGACUUAAAAGUAACAAUAUCUUUAGAGAAAAGCUAUACACUUACUGCCAAAUUAAAAUGAAAAUUGGUUGGAAUGAUAAACUUGAACAAAAUCAAUCUGAAGCUGUUAAAUCGUCAAUGGAAAUAGGUAGAAAAAUUAAAAGACUUUUACAUGGCACUGAAAAACCACAACUAGAAGUAUUAAUCGACGUUAUUAGUAAGGUGUAUGAGAAAGACAUAACGGAAGACGAAAACAUGAUUGAAACAUUACGAAAGCUGACCAAAAUUUCAGUUACAGAUGAUGAUCAUUUUCCAUUGGAUGAGGCCGACCCAGAUAUCAUAAGACUGAAAUUACUUCAUCUGAGGAAUAUCGGUGGAUUUACUAGCAUCGAAAAGAAACUUGUGCCUCAACAUGCGAGUCAAAUAUCAACUGAACAAUUAAAUUGCCUGCAAAAAACACAUGAAAAAGAAUUCGAUAUGGACUAUCUGAAUGACAAAGAAAUGGAAAUGGACCCAAUUGAGUUGCAGAGGUUUAUUGGUGCCAAGUAUGUGCAGAAACUGAACAAGAAUAUGUUAAGGAAUCUAAACGAACAUUUGCUACAGAAGACUCAUAAAGACGUAGUUAGAGAACAUAACUUUAGUUUCAGAAGUCUAUUUUCCAAUCAGUCCAAUACUGGGACUUUGGCAACGGCAUCAAAUUCUACCAAACAGCAGAUACUCAAGGACUCCUUGAGGAAAGAGCAAGAGAUCCACGUGACGGUACUCAGAGCAUUCAACUUAUUGGAUAGGACAUCUACUAUCCUGGAGGAAGCCACUGACGAUGAUGAAAAGAUUGCAGGCUUUAAAGUGCGUCCUCUGAGACCUUUCGUUCGGGUCAAUUAUAGAGGAGCUUCAGCCCAAACUGUAACAACCAUCGGCUGCCAUCCCACGUGGAGUCACACCCUGAAACUUAACACGAAAUUGGAGCCCCUCUCGUCGAUCUACAUCAACAUCUUCGACGAGGCCAAGUCGAACAUAAUAGAAGGGUUUUCUGAAGAGGACCAGUCUAACAAGACGGUGCACUAUCGUUACUACAACAAGUGGCUCGGGACUGUGCAUGUACCCUUGUAUGCCGUACUCACAUUGGGCACUAUACGCGGUACGUUCAAGAUCACGACACCGCCGCUUCUAUUUGGCUACGAAGCUCUGCACACGAAAGAGUCUACAUCACUAAUCCCGGAAAUAACCCAGUUAAUGAGGAAGGACACCGCAUUUAUCACACUGGAAGUGACCACCAGCCUCUCACAACUGGGAGGGAUACACGCCUACAGUCAACCGCUACCUAAUUCCAUAGAAGACGAUUAUUUGAUCAAACAUUUGAACAAUUUCGUAACUGAAUACACUAAUGAGUUUCCCAUGAGGAAUAUUUCGUUGACUUUUAUAGAUAGCGUGGGUAGGAACAAAUGCGUCACGCAAUUUUUGCAGCCAAUUCCUUUACCCGAAAAAGACUUUAUUCCGAAGAAUCAGAGAUGCGAGUCUGCAGUUUCGAAGUCCUCUGGGGUCUCUAAGAGUUCUUCCUCCAGUGGUCGGAGGAGAGAUGUAGAUGGAGACAGAGUGAGUCAAGAGGAGAGAGAGUCUAUCUACAGUGUUCGUGAUCCGGACGGAUUGUCGAGGAUGAUGAAUGCUUGUAUGCGAUACGUGUCCUUGAUUCCAAGUUACGAAGUGACGGAAUCUCACAGUGUUGUACUCCAGGGACUUGAACUUCUUAAAGUCCUACACGGCUCGCCUUUAGACCACACUAUCCUUUUAGCCAGUUACUUCAUAUAUCUCGGCAUUAAAUGCUGGGUCGUCAUCGGGCUGGGUAUACCGCGGGGCCACAGUAGCUACGUCCUAAUAAAACACGACCUGACUACUCGAAGGAUUGUGCUAGACAAUGAUCAGCUGUUCAGAAGGUCAGGGUUCCUGAACAAGAGUGAUGGGUUCACGUGGUAUGUGUGUGAUGCGAGCAGCGGGGAGAAACACGAGCUGAGGGAUGUCGGAUGCCCUUUGAAGACUGUUGAUUAUGUGUUUGAUAACGAAAACAUCUGGGUGAACAUGCAGGCUUCACAGGACUGUGAGAGUAUGUCGUUUGAUUUUACGAGAUCGUCUGAUUGGCAACCAGUGUUUGACAAAACUGUAUUCGUUAUGAAACAGCCAGUGGUUACAGACAACGACCUCUACUCACCACCACCCAGUGUGGACGCCUUGAGGAUAGCUCUUGAUACGAAGAUCAAAGCAAAGGUGCAGAAAUGGAGGCCGCAUAUGAAAACUAUAUGGAACAGGUACUGCAGCACGUUGCUUCGGGAAAUGUUGCCGCAGUGGGAGUGUUGGACGUUCAAUCCAACCGGGCCUAAGCCGGGAUUCAGUCAAAAACUGAAACACCUAAUGGUCACUUUCAAGAUAUUUGGCUUCCCACUAAACAUGGCGUAUGUAAACACGAAGUCAGUGAUAGCCGCCGUCAAGUCGACAGGCCUGCACGUGACCGAUGACCCUAAUGUGGAGUUCGCGCUCGCCGUCGAAGUGUGCGCCUACCCUAACAAUGUUCUAAGUGUCUGGGUGUUUCUCGCGAGCAUCACGAGGAUAUAAAUAAGUGGAAUAUUAAAUAAACUAAUGUACACAC